AAUAAAAUAAGUGGAUGAAUUCCUCUGAACCGGAAGUGAUAGUGCUGAUGUGUUGAGGCUAACGUUAGCUCUCAUAAGUGGAUGAAUGCCGCUUGCUGACUUGUUUACACUGUAAUUGAUCAAUGACGGCUUUGGUCAGCCAUGGCUGUCGUGUCAUGGAAGGAGAUUUUACUUUUGACUGGACUGGUGGUGGGAUGUUACUGGAACAGUCUGUCGUGCGGCUUUGUGUUUGAUGAUGUCUCAGCAAUCCUUGACAACAAGGACCUACGGCCCGCAACGCCUCUCCGCAACCUGUUCCUCAAUGACUUCUGGGGAACACCCAUGUCUGAGGAGCGGAGCCAUAAAUCUUACCGACCCUUGACCGUACUCACCUUCCGACUGAACUACCUCUUCACUGAGCUGAGCGCAGCUUCCUACCAUCUGCUCAAUGUUGUUUUACACGCCGUAGUAUGUGUGCUUUUCCUGCGAGUGUGCCGAUUGUUCCUGGACAAGACCUCCGGCUUGGUGGCAGCGUUGCUGUUUGCUGUGCACCCCAUCCACAGUGAAGCUGUCACAGGUGUGGUUGGCAGAGCUGAGCUUCUUUCUUCCAUCUUUCUCCUGGCUGCUUUCCUGGCCUACACAAAAUCAACCAGUGCAGAGCACUCCAUUGUUUGGGCUCCCAUCGCUCUGACCGUUGUUUUAGUGGCUGCAGCGACGCUGUGUAAGGAGCAGGGAAUCACGGUCGUCGGCAUCUGCUGUGUCUAUGAAGUGUUUGUUGCGCAAGGGUUUACCUUGCCCAUGCUGUUGGACACACUGCGGCAAGUUUUGCAGGGUAAAGACGGUUUCCCCUAUGCCGUCCUGCAAACUCUGCUAAAGCUCAUUGUCCUCGUCAUCAGCACCCUGCUGCUCGUCAUCGUCAGGGUCCAAGUCAUCCAGUCCCAGCUUCCUGUCUUCACCAGAUUUGAUAACCCGGCAGCAGUCAGCUCCACUCCCACAAGACAAUUGACUUUCAACUACCUACUUCCUGUGAAUGCAUGGCUUCUGCUGAAUCCCUCUGAGCUCUGCUGCGACUGGACUAUGGGCACCAUCCCUCUGGUGGAGUCCCUCCUAGACCUCCGUAACCUGGCCACCCUGGGGUUCUACACUUUCCUGGGCCUGCUUGCUUACCACAGCCUGCGCUACAGACACAGCUCUGCCAAGACUGUCAUCAUGGCCCUGUCUUUCAUCGUCCUGCCUUUUAUUCCUGCGUCCAACCUCUUCUUCCCUGUGGGUUUCGUCGUGGCAGAGAGGGUCCUUUAUGUGCCCAGUAUGGGCUUCUGUGUCCUUGUUGCACAUGGAUUCAAGAUCAUCUCACAUAAAGGACACCUGAAGAAGAUUUCCUGGUUGAUAAUCGGGGUGCUUUUAACUACACAUGCAGUGAAAACUUUCAACAGGAAUUGGGACUGGGAGUCAGAAUAUACUCUGUUCACCUCUGCCCUGAAGGUCAACAAGAACAACGCCAAGUUGUGGAAUAAUGUCGGCCACGCUCUAGAGAACCAAAACAAUUAUGAGAAGGCACUGCGGUACUUUCUCCAGGCCACUCGUGUCCAGCCAGAUGACAUUGGUGCUCACAUGAAUGUUGGAAGAACCUACAAGAACUUGAACAAGUCCAGGGAGGCAGAAGAUGCCUACUUGGUUGCCAAAUCCCUCAUGCCACAGGUUAUUCCUGGUAAGAAGUAUGCGACACGUGUGGCCCCCAACCAUCUGAACGUUUACAUAAACCUCGCCAAUCUGAUCCGGGCCAACGAAUCGAGGCUGGAGGAGGCCGACCAGCUCUACCGACAAGCAAUCAGCAUGAGACCGGACUUCAAACAAGCCUACAUCAGCAGAGGGGAGCUGCUUCUGAAGAUGAACAAGCUCACAGAAGCCCGGGACGCCUACCUCCGAGCCUUGGAGCUUGACCGCACCAACGCAGACCUGUGGUACAACCUGGCCAUCGUCAACAUUGAGAUGAAGGACCCGUCGGAAGCCCUGAAGAACUUCAACCACGCCCUGGAGCUAAACCCGCGCCACAAGCUGGCGCUCUUCAACUCAGCACUUCUUAUGCAGGAGUCUGGUGAGCCGAAGUUCUGGCCCGAGGCCAACCGUCGUUUCCUUACCUACGUGGAGGAGGAGCCCGAAGAUGCCAACGGCUACUUCAACCUCGGCAUGCUGGCCAUGGAUGCAAAUGAAAAUGCAGCAGCUGAGCGCUGGAUGCGUAAAGCCAUUGGUUUGCAGGCAGGCUUCCGCAGUGCCCUGUUCAACCUGGCGCUGCUUUACUCUCAGUCCAAACGCGAGGUGGAUGCGCUGCCUGCGCUGGACGAGCUGCUGCGUCACCACCCGGAGCACAUCAAGGGCCUGAUCCUGAAGGGGGACAUCCUCAUGAACCACAAGAAGGACACACGCGGCGCGAAAGCCUGCUUUGAGCGCAUUUUGCGCAUGGACCCCACCAACGUGCAAGGAAAGCACAACUUGUGCGUGGUCUACUUCGAGGAGCGCAACCUGCCGCGUGCCGAGCGCUGCCUGGAGGAAACGCUGGCCCUGGCGCCAAACGAGGAGUACGUGCGCCGUCACUUGAGUAUCGUACGAAAUAAAAUGGCUGCUAUGAGCGCAGCGGGGCAACCGCUUACUGCUACUACCGCCGCAGCAGGGGGAGCAACCAUAUCGGCUAAGGAGGAAGAGCCAAAGAGCGUUAAGGAGGGGGCGGAGGAGGUUGCUGAGGUUGAGGAGGAAGGGAGGGGUGCUGAUGCUGUUGGAAAUGAGGCUGGGGAUGAGAAGAAUGUGCGGAAAUCCUCUGCAGAAAGCCUCGGAGGUGUGGGCGUGGACCAAUCAGAGUCUUUGGACAGUAGCCAGUCUGACAAGCGGACUAAGGGUAAGUCCACUAAAGAGAUUAAAGAUAUAGAGAAAAAAAGGGCAGCUGCCUUGAAGAGACUAGAGGAGAUUGAGCGCAUAUUAAGUGGUGAUUGACAUUGUUAUAAUUUAUAGCUGGACUACUUUUAUAGAGCUCUUUAAUGCUCCAGGAUAAAACUGCAUUUCCCCCCUUAGAAAUGUGUAAUCAAAUGUCAUUUUACUCCUUUUGAUUUAUUCACUUGAUCGCAGGCUGCUCGGCAUGGCCCAGUUGAUUUAACACUAAUCAUGUAAAGAAGGGAAAUGUUGAUCCGCACACAAAACUCAUGUAACAAUAAGCACAAAGCCAAUUGGGGAUAAAUCUAUUUAAAGCUUAUGGCAGAUGCCAUUGUGUGUGUGUGUGUGUGCUUCAUCUGAAUGUGAUUUCACAUAUCGUAGAUCUGCAGUAUAAAUAAUUCUUUUUCUAUGUGUAGUCAUUGUUUAUCACUGGAUUUUUUUUCCCUCACUAAGAUGUGACUCACGCCUGUGUGUUAUUGUUUUUAAAAACAGAAUGAUUGUAUCUCGGACAAUUAAAGGAAAUGACAUGUCCCCCAGAUUUCCUUAAGGCGGGAUGAUAUCUGCAGAGUUUGGGGCCUCAAAAUAACCCUCCACUCCACCGUACAUCAACACCAGGCUUCUGUUCUGUUGCAGCAACGUCAUCUAAUCUUUAUUGAUCUCGCUCGGCACUUCCUGCCACUACAUCAUCGGCCUCUGCUCACAGCUGCCUUCACCUCAAAAAUCACAUUGGGAUCCCAUCUACAGACUAUUAUCUCACUCCCUUUGUCACAUUACCCUUUCACAUCUCCACGGCUGUCUCCCAUCCUUUAGACACAACAGCCACAUUAAAAGAUGAAUGCUCUUCCUGCUCGUGUUAGUAAAACCGCCCCCCCCCCACACACACACAUCGCUUUGACCAGGACAACAACCAUUCAAUGUGACGGUCAACAAUGACGCACGCUCUUCCUCAGCAUCAGGCUUCAUCAUGUGUUCCUCACUUUCAUGUUCCUUCCACUUUACAGGGGGGAAUUUUUCACAGCACAUUUGCAGAAAACAGAUCUCCACAUUCAUCCCGCUCCACGGUGACGAUGUUGUUUUAGCUUACUGGCACGGAAAUAACACUGGGAUGUUCCACAUAUUCAAGGUUUUGUAGUAGCCUUUGUAUUCACUUUCUUCAGCUUUUACACUUGUGAUCACUCUGAGGCAAAAAAUACUCUGCAUCUCUCUGUAGCUACUACCGUCAUCUAAGCCUGCUGAGAGCGAGUACACAAACUAAAACUUGAACAGAAAUCAGACAUGCUCAGAUCUCUUCGCGCUGGUUUCCUCAAGACCAUAAUUAAACCCAGAACCCGAUGAUUAAGACCCCGAUCAGACCGAGUGUGUUUUAGCAGCCUGGGGUGGCUUUAUGUAAUUGUUUUCAAUGAGAUUGAAGCGUUUUGCGCGCUGCUUUUGCGCUGCUGAGUGCUUCGCGUUUUUAAAGGAGUGCCCUGAACGCCUCGGAUUAAAAAAAAUUAAAUUAAAGCCAAAAAGCGGCCAACGUCUUUAGUGUUUUUUCUCCUUGUGGUGACUUUUGCUGUAUACCCGGAG